AUGGUGCCCUGCUCGUCGUGCGCCCCGAGGCACACGAUCGGGCCCUUUUAUCCUACCCGUCCCGUGGGGAGGAGGGUAUGGGGGUGGAGGGUGUUGGAGCGUGGGGUCAACUCUCUCCCUUCCCCUCCUCCUUCUUUCAGUCCCACCGCUGCAGCUGCCGCUAGGGGGGGAGGGUGUGAGGAUGUGGGUGAGCAGGGGGAGUGGUACCGGGGGGGCGGGUGUGAGGCAACAAGCAGCCGUCCCUCCACCUCUCCUCUCUUCCCCCCUUCUCUGCUGCUUCUGCAGCAGUGUGGGGGAGGGGAAGGAGGAGGGUGA